GUAUCGAACCAACCUGAUCUGCUACAGAGUUUUCGUCAGUGGCGUGUCAAAAUUACGAUAAUUUGUUUUCUCAUCUGUUGUUUAUCUUGCGCAAAAACUUGUUCUAUAAAUUUUAUCAACUUUUCUUUUAUUACCGUUGGCGCAGCUGAUCGUACGAAUUUCAUCGCACAGGGUAUUGAUUGAUUAAACUGUGCACAUACCCCCAUCCAUCAGUCAUCAUUAAUUAAUCAGAAACAAUAGAGCUUCGGCACUGGAACUUCUUACCAUUCCCAAGAUUCUCAUUCGAUGUGUGCAAUUAACUAGUUAAUGUAUAGAACCAUAGCACAAACCGAAUGCCAACAAUGUCCGAGGGUCGCAAUAAGACGAAACAGAAUUUUACAAGCUAUGUAAAUCAGGUCCCGGAAGAAAACUUUGUCACCGAUGACUAUAAACCAAAGUUACUGUCAGGGGAACUAGAGGCUGCUCGUGCUAAUAACGUAUGCAUGUACAUUGCAUCCUACCUCAAAGAUGGGAAGGUACACGGUGAGAAGACAGGAAUCCUGCUGAUUACAAACUUCCGGUUAUCUUUCGUAUCGUUGGACAUGGAAGAUGACCAGUUUUCGUUCCAGAGUAAUCGAUUUCUCGGUUCAUCGGAUGUCUCACUUUCUAAUAUCGACAGAAUUUAUCAGUAUGUUGAUAAAAAGAAAAGAAUUAUUAGUCCACAGUUUAAAAACAGCAAUAAGAUAGACAAAAUACGCAUCGUGUGUAAGAACUUUAAAACUUUCACAUUCGGAUUUCAACUGUCGGAAGUAGGGAAGGGAAAAUAUAUCGCGGAUGCACUACUAAAGUUUGCUUUUCCGGCUCGACAUAACUUGUUGUUUCUGUAUCGGUACAAGGAGAAGUACCACCGUAGCUCUAUGUGUGAAAAUGUAAAAAUGUAUGACAAGAAAACGGAUUGGUUCCAAGAGCUGGAACGAUGCAAUGCAACUGCUGGUUGGCGCGUGUAUUCUAAGGAUUGCCGAGUCUCAAAUAGCUCCCUGCCGAUGCAUUUUGUGGUCCCAAAGCAUCUGAGUGAUAUCGACUAUGACAACAUAUCGAAAAGCUUUCGCAAUAAUAGGUCGGCUAUUUGGGUGUGGGGCCUUAAGGAUGCAGCACUGGUUCGCCUAGCUGAGCUUAAUCCAGACAUUACAAAUACGACGGUGGAAAACAUAUUGCUGGAACACGUGCGUCGUUGCGAUCCACAGAAGAGACAACCGAGGUUACUGGAGUUGUAUAAAAUUUUGCCUAGCAUACAGGAUGUUAAUCUUAGCUACAUCAAAUUACUCGACCUCUGUACUCCUGACAGUGAUCAGCAAUUUAUGGCACAGGACGAACGAUUUUAUACGCUAUUGGAAAAGAGUUACUGGCUAUUUUACGUUUCGCUGUGCUUGAAACACUCCGACAUAGCUGCCAAGUUGUUACGUGAGGGGCAAACGGUGGUGCUGCAAGAAAUCAACGGGCGUGAUAUGAGCUGUGUGAUAUCAAGCUUGGUUCAACUGCUCCUGGACAGUAGUUACCGCACAAUACAAGGCUUUCAAAACCUCAUUCAAAAAGAGUGGGUCAUACUUGGACACCCCUUUAGUGACCGUUUGGGGCACGUGUCUACGGUAAAAGAAACCGAGCGCAGUCCAUUGUUCCUUUUGUUUCUCGAUUGCACUUGGCAGCUGUUGCAGCAAUUUCCAGAGCAUUUCGAGUUUUCGGAUGUUUUCCUAACCACUCUAUGGGAUUCACUGUUCCUUCCCAUUUUUGACACGUUUCAGUUUAACUCUGAAACCGAACGUUACCAGGCACUCAACGCUGAGCACGUUGUGUUGCGACCGGUUUGGGAUUGGGAAAAACAGUUUGACAAUAAAGAUCUCGCCUUGUUUACAAAUCCGCUAUAUCAGGCGAAAUUUCGGCAUGCGGUGCUAGCCGAGCAAAGCAAUAGUAAUAGUUCUUCCAGCCCGCAAACCCCAAUCGCCAGUUCCUUGUUUAGCGCGACCAGACGACCAGAUGAAUCGAACGGGCAUGCGGUGGUGAAUGGUGCCGGCAAUCUACAGCUGCUAAAGCAUGAUGAACAGUUCCUGGAACCGCAAUGCUGCUUGCGUGAAAUCGAACUGUGGCAGCAGUGUUACUUUCGCUGGAUGCCACAUAUCGAAAUCAAAUACGGUGGCAUUGCAGCAUGCGAUCUGUUGAACCGAUUGCUAUUAAGCAACAUAUACAAACUUCGUCAGGAUCUCGGUCAAUCGGUAACACCGGACGCUUCCAAUGAGCAAGUGGACGAUUUGGAACAAAUUCUAUCAACGAUGAUAAUACAAACGCGCGAUCCAGAUGUGGCAUCCGAUGCAUCGUUGGCAAUCAGUUCGUUCUUUCCAUUUUCUAGCAUAGUGCCGACAGCUCAAUGCUCGGAGUUGUUGUUAGCGAGCAAUGAUAUAAAUUUUUUGCAUGUUUCAAUGUAUGAAACGUCUUCGUUAAACGACUGAAAAAAUGAAUUGGCUAUAGACAUGGUCUCAUUCAAAGGAAUGAAGUUUUGGCAUAUAGCUUUCGAAGGGUAAGAAAUAGUAACAACCAUCAGCCAAUAAUUGUUAGAAACAGGAUUCGUUAUUAAAUAGUUACUUUUAUUACGUUUACCUCGGAACUAAUAUUAAUAUAAAUAAAUAUUUUAUUACACUACUUUUAGAUUAUUCAAACGUUAUUUUUGUAACAUUCUAAUACGAAACAAGACGAACGAAGCAGUGAUGUCGCGCGGAGGACUUUACCGUAGUAUUGAAGGAGGUAAUAAAAAACAUGAAAAUUCUUUAAAACAUUCUGCCUUCGGGCACGACAUAACACUUGCGUUCAUUAGCAUGAUGAUGUCGCUUUAUAAUUUCACUGAAAGGGUAAAUUUAAAUUAAAAGCAUUGAGUUUGCGUAACAAAAAGUUGGUUCUAUCAUUGUGAGCAACAUAAAAUUACUUUUACGAAAUAUACUUCAAACUAAAUCAGAA